AGUAAAACCGAUUCAACUUAGACUAUGCCCACCUCUAAUUAAAUGAUUGAUUUCAAUUAAAAAAUGUGUGAACACGCCACACCGUUUGAUCACUUUCAAAACAAACGACGCGUCGUUGCAAACCGUUCUUUGGACUAGGACGUGGCGAAAUGCUAGUGGCAGUCAAAAUUCUUACACUGAUAAUUACCUGACAGAAUCUUUUUCGUGCUCAUCCAUACAAUCCAGAAUCAAAGUGGCAUUUAUCGUAAUUUUAACGAGGAUCAUUACCUCUUUCAGUAAUUUUAUCAACCAGAAAGUUUCAAUUCUUCGGACCCCAAAAAAAACCACAAAUGGCCUAUAAAACCCGCCAGCGCCAAAAUUUUACCCGAUCCCCAAUCUCUAUCGUUCCGAUUCAGAUUUGAUCAAAUUUCUAUCUCUGAUCGUCAAUUCGAGAUUUUAUUCGUUCAAUUCAAUCUUUUCUCUACCGGUUGAUCCCAAUUUCUUACCUCGCCGUGCCUCCAAUCCGAUUCUAGGGUUAGGGUUUUGAAAAAUCCAGAAACUUUUCGAUCCGAAAAGGGUUUUUUCUUGACCUGCGAAAAAUUGUUUACCCGAUAGGUUUUUGUGGUCCGAAAGAUCAAAGGAAUUAUCAGAAAUUUUGAGAAAUUUUUUUGGUUUUUGAAGUUUCCAAUUUUAUAUUAUUUUCAUCUGUAUAAAUUGGGGAUAAACAGCUUACUGCAUGUUUCUUCAAUUGCUCGUAAAGUAGUUUUUAAAAUUAAAAGUACAGUAAUUUUGGGGGUUUGAAUUUUGAGAAGCUGAUUUUUGGGUGCUUUUGUCAGUUGCCGGGACGUCAAUAUUUUCAGGACAAAAUGAUAAACAAACGGCCUUUUGAUGUUGAGGAUUCUUAUGAGGUUGCUUGUAAGCACCCAAGACGAUUGGAACAUGCUAAUGAGCCUGCUCCAAUUGUGGAUACUUUUCCUUUGAGUAGCAGCCCCCAGAAAUUUCAAAUUUCAGACGAAGGAAGGUCUGCAAGUGACUUGGGAACUGAAUCCUCAAAUGAGACCUACAAAGAACUUGAAACUGGUGCCUCUGGAAGCUCCUUCCGAUUUUGGUGGGCCAACAACAAUAUGUUUGAAGCUCAUGCAAGACCUGAGGCAGCAGGGCAUCUAUCAUUAUUCCCAGAAUUUUUUUCACCUGCAAACCAUUUGAGGGCUUUUCUUCAUUCUGAUGUGAUCUGCUCAUCUCCUGUUGAUUGUCCUCCUCAAAAGCUAGUUUCUAUCGGACCUCAGCAUCAAGCUUAUGUUCCAGAAUGGGGCCACGAGGGUUCACACUCUUCAAAUCAUCUGGAGAAAUUGGAUCCUCGGCGCGAAGUUUCAUAUGUUUCUGGCCAAGGCCUUAGUGUCAAUCAGGAGAAGCUGAUGGGUACCUGUAUCAUUUCUAUGCCUGAGUUGGAUACAUUUGAAAACUAUUUAUGUGAAGAUGUGAGAGCUAGAAACAACUGUAAGUGUGCUGAUGCAGGUUCUGUUAGAUGCGUGAGACAGCAUGUCAUGGAAGCAAAAGAGAAAUUAAGGGAAGACCUUGGACAUCACCUAUUUGAAGAGUUAGGCUUUUAUGAAAUGGGAGAGGAGGUUGCUGAGAAAUGGACUAAAGAGGAAGAGCGUGCCUUCCACGAUGCCAUCCUCUCUAACCCUGCAUCAUUGGGUAAGAACUUCUGGCACCACCUCUCAGUGGCUUUUCCUUUGCGACCGCACAAAGACCUUGUCAGCUAUUAUUUCAAUGUUUUCAUGCUCCGUAAGCGUGCUGAGCAGAAUAGGUUUGACCCUCUAAACAUUGAUAGUGACGAUGAUGAGUGGCAAAAGAGCGAACUUGGAGUGGUCAAUGAUGACAAGGACGCUUUGGUGGAAUCUCCUGUAAAUCUAGAUGCUCUUGCCUAUAACCAUGUAGAACAUUUAGGCUGUUUCAAUGAGCACAUUGAGGAUGCUGAUGACGUAGAUGGUUGUAAUGAUGGUGCCAAUGUGGUUGGUUGUGAUGGAAUUAAGGAUGAGGAUGCAGGUGAUAUAGAUGAUGGCUCAGGAGCUCAUGUUGAGAAUCCCCCAGGUGAUGGUGGUGGUGCUACUGAAACUCGGCUUUUGGAUAAAACUCCUAGCAGUAACAGAGAGAAUUAUGAUAUUCAGGAUGAUUCUUGCACAUCAUAUGAGUAUCAGCAAGACAGUUGAGUUAUAUGCUCCUCUUUCGGAGGAGAAAGAUUCAAGAAUUGCAGUGUAGAAUGACAACUCGUCUAUUUAAGUAUGCAAAGCAUCUUGACUGGCCUGCAUCAGCACAAUUAGAUGCUGAGAUGGCAAAGGUUGGAGGUGAACUACAGUACGACAAAUAAUUCCUCGCACUGUUGUUCGAAUCAAGCCAGCUUUGGGCUGUACAAACUCCUAAAUCCUUUUGUUCAUGACUUCGAGAACCCUGAAGGAGGAGCUUCAAGUUGGUGAUCGAUUAUUAACUCUUCAAAGGUGGUUUUUCAGUUCUUGGAAGAAGGCAGCUACAGAUGUAGGUUUCUAGUACACGAUUGGUGUCCUCCGUCUACUAGUCAAAGGGAUUACCGUGGCCGGGAAACUCCCUCCUUCAGUGAAUAGGGUAGAAUUUCAUUACCCAAGUUCUUCCGUGAGACGAAAAUCCUGUUUUUCCUUCUGAGGAUGAGUCCCGUGAGAAUAGUAACACAAAAGGGAUGGUUUUCAUCAAAGAAAUUGAAUCAAAAGUUCGUUAUCAAGAAUUUACACUGCAUCUUUUUGUUUUUGGUAGUGAGGUUAAUUUCAUUUUAUUUUUUGUGUUCGUUUUCCCAGUGUUGUCACUCUUAUUUGAUACUAUUUCUCUCAAUCCUUCGGAAAUGAAUUUUUACAUGAAUUUAA